AUGGCGGAAGACAUCGGCAUCCUGAGAGAGUCACAUUGGUUGGAUAUUCUCCAAGAAGGCGACCGUUUCUCCUUUCCUUUAUCGCAAACAGAGUGGUCACUGGGCCCAAUUCUCACAGAGAAAGUCCUUCACGGCGAUCGGGUUGGUUCUUUGGAAGUAUCCGAGGCAUCUGGAGUCUGCAUUGCCACCCAGACAAAAGGUCCAUCAGAGGGCAUGAAAGCGAUCCUGAAAAUACGAAUGCAGCGGAUACAUCGUACUGGUUUUGAUGGAGAAGUUGCCUGGUCGGAAUCUGACCAAUUUUCCCAUGUUCCCCUUGGAGAAGAGAGACGAGGAAAUUCCAUACUCUUGGCUAUUGGCACGGGAAUGCCGACCGACGGAACGUGCUUUGGGAUGAAGAGAAUCAUCGUUGACAUGGAAGAUGUCAUUUACAGGGGACCGAAUACGUACAGAUUUAUCCCGCGAAGGGAUUAUGGAAGGUGGACGCUAGACCGUCCAAAUCUCAUUUCCAGUGAGAGUGCCGACCCGAUGGUCCCGGAUGAUUACGAUGAGUGUGUCGAUGAUGAAGCUCUGUAUGCCCUGGCUGCUCGCACAAGAAAGGCACAAGAACGUGGGGAUAUUCCAUAG